UUCUUAUACUACCUUCUUUGCCACGUGCAAUGUUUAAGAGAAAAAUAAUAAUGGAGCAAGGCUUUUCUACAAAAGCUAUUCAUGCUGGACAAGAUCCAUUACAAUGGAAUGAUUGUUCAGUGAUACCUCCUAUUACAUUAUCAACUACUUUUCAACAAGAUGGACCUGGACAACCUAGAACUUUUAUUUAUGGAAGAAGUGGCAAUCCUACAAGAAAUGUUUUACAAACAUGUUUAGCUGCUUUAGAAGAUGGAAAAUAUGGAUUUGUUUUUUCAUCAGGUUUAGGUGCUACAACAGUUUUAAUUUCAUUAUUAAAUGCAGGAGAUCAUAUUAUAUCUGGAGAUGAUAUUUAUGGUGGAACUAAUCGUUUUUUCAAAAAUUGUUUAAAAAAUAUUUCAGUAACAUUUGUAGAUAUGAUAGACAUAAAUAAUAUUAUAACUAAUAUACAACCAAAUACAAAGAUGAUUUGGUUAGAAACACCAACUAAUCCUUUACUUAAAGUAAUUGAUAUUGAAGCAGUUACUCAAGCAGUAAAGCAAGUAAAUUCUGAAAUUCUUGUAGUAGUAGAUAAUACUUUUCUAACAUGUUAUUAUCAAAAACCAUUAAAAUUAGGUGCAGAUAUUGUAAUAUAUUCUUUAACAAAAUAUAUGAAUGGACAUUCAGAUGUUAUUAUGGGUGCAGCAAUUACAAAUAGAGAAGAUAUUGCAAAUAGACUUCGAUUUUUACAAAAUGCUAUGGGUAUUGUUUCAUCACCUCUAGAUUGUUUUUUGGUUAAUCGCAGUUUAAAAACUUUAGAACUUAGAAUGCAGCAACAUAUGAAACAUGGACUUGCAGUUGCAGUAUUUUUACAAUCACAUCCAUGUGUAGAAAAAGUAAUUCAUCCAUAUUUACCAUCACAUCCACAGCAUGAAAUUGCUAUUAAACAAACAUCUGGUCAUAGUGGAAUGGUUUCAUUUUACCUAAAAGGUGACUCUAGUAAAUUUCUAAAGGCAUUAAAGGUAUUUACAUUAGCAGAAUCACUUGGUGGUUAUGAAUCUCUUGCUGAAUUGCCAUCUGUUAUGACUCAUGCUUCAAUUCCUGAAGAAACUAAAGAAAUGUUAGGUAUUAAUGAUAAAUUGAUUCGUUUGUCUGUUGGUCUUGAAACUGAAAGGGAUAUUUUGGCUGAUCUUGAUCAAGCUCUUAAAGCUAGUCAAUAAAUAUUUUAAUUUUAUAUGCAUAUUCAUAGUGUUGAAUUGCUAUAUAUAUAACAUAUAUGUUAAUAUGAUAUAUUAUGUUAGAUUGGUGCAUAAUUAUUGUGGCUUUUUUUAAAACAAAUUUUAUUCAACAAAAACAAUAACAACAAUUAACAAAAACAUCUUUAAAUGAUUAUUCCAAAGCAUAUUCACCAUCUACUUCAAUUACUAAUUCCCAUUUGCUUGACAGCCGGUCAAUUUUACAGGCGAAGAAAUUGCUUAUUUUUAGAAACAAUCUAUUUUUUGACGCCGGCCAUCAAGUUAUCCAAAUCAUCAUAAACUUUGUUUGCGAGCCAAUUUUUUAGAUUGAUAGAUUAAUGUGAUAGUCCGUAGAUGUUUCUGUGGGAGAAAUGGCGGAUAAGGAAGCCAUUUUUCUUCGAAAUCCGCCACUAUUGACGCUCAUCGUCAUUAUUCCACUAAUAACAAAUUUCGUUUGAGAUGAUUUCCUAGUGAAUGAUUUUAUUUCUAUUUCAUCAAACAUACCAUAUUGCCUUCUUACAGUGGACUUUUCGGUAUUUUUUUGGAAAACGCAACGAGCACUUGGUGAAACGCAAACCUUCUUUCUUUUGACGUUUUUAAAGAGAAGUCACAAUGCAUUCCCAGACAAGGAAUAAAGUUUGCUCGUUUCAAAUCGAGUUGCAAAUUUGGACAUAUUCAACGUUGUCAAAGAGUUUGUGGGGAUCCAUCCAACCAAUUUUCAUACUUUUCCGAACUUUUUGAGAUGAUGAAUAGUCCACAUUGAAGUCUUCAAUCAACAUUCUAGUUGUCAAGUGUUCGUUCUCUUCUACAGUUGUCAAAAGUGCCUAAUCGUUAAAAUUUGAUGAUCGACUUCUUCAUUUGCGAGGUUUGUAUCGUCCGAUUUGAAUUUCUUAAACCAUUUUUUAACUUGGUUUUUGCUAAUUGUUCCUUCGUCAAAAAGUUCGUUGAGAUCGCGAAAUGAUUGUGCUAUAUUCCAAUCUUUUUUGUGAUAGAAUGUAAUAUGGUGAAUAUGGAUUUUAUGAUUUUCGAUAGGUAUUAUCACUAACUGAAAAAAGAUAAUUAUUUUUAUAAAAAAAAA